UUAAACAUUUACAGUAAUUAAACGUACAAAUGCUUUGCAACACAAUAUAAUAAUUCACAAACAGAUUCAAUUAUGAUAACAAUGUUUAAAUACAUUUUACACGUAACACAUAUACAAAGUAGUAGGAGAUAUUCAACAAAGACUAAUAAAAUAAAAAAAUUGAUGAAAGAAUAUAAAUCAGUGUUUGGUGAAUUAGUGGAAACAAGUGCGCAAAAGAAAAAGAGGUUGAAAUUAGAGAAGAAAGGUGUUAUUCCCAGGUUACAAUCAAAUAACGUAGAUUCAGAACUGUUUUGGAUUAAAGAAAAUAUUAGCAACAAUCUCAAAAGAAUUAACAGGAUACAAGAUAAAUCAUUAAAUUAUUAUGAUUCGUCACCAAUCACAAAUAAUAUUACUAAUUACAAUGAAACAGGUGUAACAAAAGUUUUAUAUACUGACCAAAGCACAGAUGAUAGUAAUGUUCAAAAUGAUGCAUCAUUAUCAAGUGUAAGUUUAUCUAACACGAAAAAGCAGGAUACAAGACUCGAUGCAUCUCUUAAAUCUAAAAAAAGAUUACCUAAUAUCAUCAUAAAGAAUAUGCUAACUUUUCCAAUUAUAAGCAAUAAACAAGAAUUUUUAGCAGAAUCAACAGAAGUGCUUUCUUUAUCUGGAAAGGAUGAUCCAGAAACAAUAGGAUUUCCUAGCGUAACUAAAAUCUUAACACAAACUAUGUCACCAGAGUCAAAGCUGGCUCUAGAAAUAUGGAAAGAAAAACUAAUAAGCAAGCUUGGAAAAGAAGGAUUUGAAAUGCAUCAGAAAGCAUUGUUAGAGGAUGGAAAAUCUUUGCAUUCAUGCAUAGCACAGAGUUUGCUUGGAAAAGAGUACGAAGUUCCUCCAAGAAUCGAACCGAUUUUCCAAAGUGUUCGGAGUGUUUUAGAAGACGUGAAUCACGUGAAAGCGAUUGAGACGCACGUCGCUCACACCAAGUUGCACUACAAAGGCGUUAUCGACUGCGUUGCCUCUUAUAGGGGCAAUCCUUACAUAAUCGAUUGGAAGAAAUCAGACAGGCAGAAAUCAAACUUGAAAGAAACCUACGAUGCGCCUGUGCAAAUCGCCGCGUAUAUAGGUGCUGUUAAUGCUUCCAAUCUGUAUCCCUUUGUGAUAAAACGCGGAUUGCUCGUGAUUGCCUACACAUGUGGCGCACCAGCAAGUGUGUACGAGGUGUGCGACAACACGUUGAAGCAAUAUUGGACAAUAUGGCUGAGUCGUCUGCAGAAAUACUACGUCGAAACGAGGGACAAUAGCAAUAAGAGCACCGGCUAAUAAAACACUAAUGCACCGGCGCGCCGCGUAUAUUCAUUAAAACUUUCCCACACAAAGCCAAUUAAAUCCUUAUCCGUCAGCCACAGGUAACUCCCUACAGAAGAGAGUGAGAGUGAGAGUGAGAGUGAGAGUGAGAAUGAAAGAGAGAAAGAGAGAAGGGAGAGAGAGAGAGGAGAACAGAAGCCAGAAGAAGUUUUUAAUUUUAUCCCUAGCGCGUCAGAAGCUGCAAUAAUCUAUAGUCUUCGGGGAAUAGUUGGAGGAGCCCUCUUCCUACUCACACCGAGAGAUGGAGAAAACCGGAGGAAACAGCAAGCGGAAAACCGCGUCGAUACGGUGACUCAUUAAGCCUUGCGGCGGGCCUGACAUUUAUGAUUUAUGAGAAUUUUAAUGUGUGCAUUUUCUAAACGGUCGAAAUAAUAGCUGUUGUAAAAGUGAAGAAAGUAAAAAAAACUAGUUAUAUAUAUGUGUAUUUAAA